GUCGAGGUCCAGUUAGUGGAAAAGCAGACAAGCCGUGGCUGAACGUCUUUCUUUACUUUACUGCACUUCGUGAAUCGUGAUAUUUUCAUCAUGAUGACAUCGCGUCGCUCCCUCCUGAUUUGGGUGACUUUUAUGAAUCUGGCGCCUUUCCGUCAGACGGCGUUAGUUUGGACUGUGGUGGUCGUUUAUCCGUUCGUGUUUGGCUGAGCCUCGGCUCCGGUGUCCGUGUCCAGGGCUGCCGCAUCGCGUCGGCGCGACCCCGCGUGACUCACGCUGGCACGCGCGGACCGGCGCACCUCGCCUCCUGCCCCGCCGCGUUGUUGCGCUCUGACGCGCACACGCAGCGGACGCGCCGCUGCUGCCGCCGGCGGUGCAGAGACGCUGUCGCCUGGUUGGAGCGUCAUGUGCCGUCGGUCACUAUCGCAAACAGAGAGGAUGCGGGAGGUAACUUGACUUCAAGACUUUAAGUUGUUGUUUUUUUUCACUUAGUCAGUAGAUAAUUGAUGUUUGUGCUGCGCUUCUCUGCAUCGUCCGUUUUAGUUGGAACGCAGCUGCGCACGGAUUUUCUGCAGACGACGUGUGGCUCAUCCAACAUAUAAUUUGCUUUUACAGCCAUCACGCCUACUUCCCUUUAGAGAACUCGGAACCCCGGGCAGUAAAGCACCACUUCAGAAUGUGUAUGUCAGAUAAACCGCAUGAAGUGGAGCGAGCGCACUCUGUCGUUUGUGUGCGUUUGUGGGGAGGACUCACAGACAUGCGUUGUGAGACUUAAUUCACCUUCACUGUGGACAAUUAACACAAUCGCAGAGGACGAACCUGCAGCUCGCGCAGAGAUCUUGGAUUUCAAAUUGCCCUCGCGGCGCCGAUGAUGAUGCUGGGAUUGAUGAUGGGAGGACACUGCAGCGCCGAGGGGCUCCAAGCGUCCCAGACCCGGGGUGCCUUUGACAAACAGGGCCAGUCGUGGCCCCGCGAGUAACGUCAUUAUGCCCUCUUUGCCCAAUCGCUCGGAGUGCGUCUCCCAUAGCUGCUGGGAGGAGAAGCACAACGCCACGAGAGACGCCGACCCCGUCGUGCCUCCGCUGAAUUACUACUCCAUCCCUCUGCUCACGGGCAUCACCAUCGCCUGCACUCUGCUGUUUCUGGUCGGCGUGGCCGGCAACGUGAUGACCAUUUUGGUGGUAAGCAAGUACCGUGACAUGCGCACCACGACCAACCUGUACCUGUGCAGCAUGGCUGUAUCCGACCUCCUCAUCUUCCUGUGUAUGCCGCUGGACCUAUACCGCAUGUGGAGGUACAGGCCCUGGCGCCUCGGGGACGCGCUCUGCAAGCUCUUUCAGUUCGUGUCGGAGUCGUGCACCUACUCCACCAUCCUGAGCAUCACCGCGCUGUCGGUGGAGCGCUAUCUGGCGAUCUGCUUCCCGCUUCGUGCCAAAGCCCUGGUGACCAAAAGGCGUGUGCGCGCCCUCAUUCUCCUGCUGUGGACGGUGUCGCUACUGAGCGCCGGGCCGGUGUUUGUCAUGGUCGGGGUGGAGCGGGACAGCGUGGGAGCAACGAAUUUUAGUUCGGGAACGAAUGAGACCGAACUGGUUCCGGAGGUCGGGGACACCAGGGAGUGCAAGAUGACGCACUAUGCCGUGGAGUCGGGGCUGAUGGGAGCCAUGGUGUGGCUGAGCUCCGUGUUCUUCUUCAUGCCGGUGUUCUGUCUCACGGUGCUCUACAGCCUCAUAGGUCGCCGGCUGUGGCAGAGGCACCGGGAAACAAACAGCAGCUCUCGUGUGUCUCACAGGGACAAGAGCAACAGGCAGACCAUCAAGAUGCUGGUGGUCGUGGUGCUGGCUUUCGUCCUCUGCUGGUUGCCUUUCCACGUCGGCCGCUACUUGCAGUUCCGCUCCCUGGACGCUCCAUCCCCGCUGCUGUCAGCGUUGUCCGAGUACUGCAGCCUGGUGUCGGUGGUGCUCUUCUACCUGAGCGCCGCUAUCAACCCCAUCCUGUACAACACCAUGUCCUGGAAGUACCGGUGCGCAGCGGCGCGCCUCUUCGGGCUGCAAGACAGCCAGACGCCACGGGGGCGCACGGCCAGCACCGUGAAGGGCGACGGAACCAACGGCUGGACGGAGUCCACAGUCAGCUUCUAAACGUUUAAAGCAUCUGGGUGUCAUUUAGAAAACACGAUUCGAACGAGCUGAAAACAAUAAAAGCCACUGUUUGUGUCAUACUGGGGACAAACAGGAGGAUUAGAGCAUGCUUUUUUUUACGCGCACAUUUUGUACAGCUCCACGGGGCGGUUUCAAUUCUGCGCUGGACAGAUGGGAGAAAUCUCAUUUUGACCAUUAUUGACGGGUGAGAGCGCACACGCCGCGUCCACCACUGCAAUCACCAGGCAGCUGAUGCUGUAAAUAUCACAGGAAUCAACAAAUGCCUUAUAAUAUAUCAUACUCUGGAUGACAAGGGAAGCACUGUAGAACCUGUGGCACUGCUCUGUACUCCCAUAGAGAGGACGGCGGGGCCUGUAUGCAUGUGUGUAUUGUGUGUUAUUAUUGUGUGGAGCUGGAGAGAGUGUGAAGAUGUAAUGACUUUGUUACCGUUAUUCAUAGGCCACGUGCUCAGCGUUCUGUGUCUUGGAUGGUUUGGACAAUUCGUCGUAGCCAUGGUUUGUAGAUCACGCUUUCUAUCAGGAAAUACUUCCCACUGACGAACCCGUUCACGACACGAUUGUCCCGUAGUCAAAUUCAAUCACGCACAGUGUAACUUGUAAUGUUCCCCGUGGGCGAUAAGCAAAUGAAGAACGCCGUGAAGCCGCUGUCGGUGCCGGAGGAGCCCGUUUGAGCGUCGACUGUAAUAGAAGCGUUCUAACUGUGCCAAAGGUCCCAAAUCUGACAAAAUGUCCAGAAGAAAGACUUCAAAAAAAGAGAGCCCAGAGGUUGAAGGUGAUGAUGCCACAGAUGGGAAAAGAGCUCAUUUUGUGAAGUGUACCGUGACUUGUGUGUGAUGACGUUAUGCUUGCGUUAAAUGAAAAAAAAGCUUUUUAAUGCUGUACAUGCUGCCAAUCGACACCACCGCAGGAUCACACCCCCUGCUGGUUCUGAAGAAUGUAUCUGACUGUGCACCCUGACCCAAUGGCGUACUGGGUGUUAGGAUAUUUACUUAAGAGUAAAAAUGGCUCCUGUUUUUGAAGAUACAUGUGAAUAAAACCUAUUGAUGUGA